AUGAAGAACUGCCAAAUGAUAACUUUUUUGCUGAUAAUUUCCUUUUUUUCAUUUAACAAAGCAAAUGAUAUUAGAAAUUCAGAUAACGAAAAAAAAUGUGAAUAUGAAAAUGAUGCUACGAAUUUAGCGACUUCAAAUGGUAACUUAGAACCAUUAAAUUUAGCUUACAACUGUGGAUGUAAUUGGGAUAAACAUACGACUACUAAAGAUACAACAAAUAAGCAUUUAAAAUAUUUAAAAAAUGCACACAAAUAUGGAUAUGAUUGGGAUAAAGAUACAACGAGAAUUGCUGCUUAUGUCCACGAAAAUGGAUGCAAUUGGGAUGAUGGCACAACUAGAGCUGCUGCAGCAAAAGGCUGUUUAGACUGCUUAAUGUAUGCUUAUGAAAAUGAAUGUUCAUGGGAUAAUACAACAACAGAAGCAGCUGCUGAAUAUGGUCACUUAAAAUGCUUAAAAUAUGCACAUGAAAAAGGUUGUCCAUGGGAUAAAAAUACAACAAGUGUUGCAGCUGCAAAUGGGCAUUUAGAAUGUUUAAAAUAUGCACAUGAAAAUGGUUGUCCAUGGGAUGAAAAUACAACACAAGUUGCUGCUGCAAAUGGGUAUUUAGAUUGUUUAAAAUAUGCACAUGAAAAUGGUUGUCCAUGGGAUAAAAGUACAACGAUAGCAGCUGCAUAUUUUGGUAACAUGGAAUGCUUAAAAUAUGCAUACGAGAAUGGAUGUGAUUGGCAUGAAGAUACAACCAGAAUUGCUGCUGCAUAUGGACAUUUAGAAUGCUUAAAGUACGCUCAUGAAAAUGGCUGUAAAUGGCAUGAAUACACAACAAUUUACGCUGCUACAAAUGGAGAAUUAGAAUGUUUAAUAUAUGCACACGAAAAUGGAUGUCCAUGGGAUAACUAUACAACAAAGGCUGCUGCUAAAAAUGGAGAAUUAGAAUGUUUAAAAUAUGCACACGAAAAUGGAUGUCCAUGGGAUGAAUAUACAACACAAGUUUCUGCUGCAAGUGGUCAUUUAGAAUGUUUAAAAUAUGCACAUGAAAAUGGAUGUCCAUGGGAUGAAGAUACAACACAAGCUGCUGCUGCAAGUGGUCAUUUAGAAUGUUUAAUAUAUGCUCAUGAAAAUGGUUGUCCAUGGGAUGAAAGUACAACGAUAGCAGCUGCAUAUUUUGGUAACAUGGAAUGCUUAAUAUACGCUAAUGUCAAAGGAUGCAAGUGGGAUAAAUCAAUCACAAAUCAUGCAGCUAAAAAUGGAAAUUUAGAAUAUUUAAAAUAUGCACACGAAAAUGGAUGUGAAUGGGAUGAAAACACAACAAGCAUUGCAGCUUCAAAAGGGCAUUUAGAUUGCUUAAAAUAUGCUCAUGAAAAUGGUUGUAAAUGGCAUGAAGCCACAACUAUUUACGCUGCUACAAAUGGAGAAUUAGAAUGUUUAAUAUAUGCACACAAAAAUGGUUGUAAUUGGGAUGAAUCUACAACUAGAGCUGCUGCAGCAAGCGGCUGUUUAGACUGCUUAAUGUAUGCUUAUGAAAAUGAAUGUCCAUGGGAUAAUACAACAACAGAAGCAGCUGCUGAAUAUGGUCACUUAAAAUGCUUAAAAUAUGCACAUGAAAAAGGUUGUCCAUGGGAUAAAAAUACAACAAGUGUUGCUUCUGAAAAUGGGAAUUUAGAUUGUUUAAAAUAUGCUCUUGAAAAUGGUUGUAAAUGCGAUACAGUAAUAAUGAAGGGUGCUGUUGAAAAUAACAAUUUUGAAUAUCUAAAAUUAGGAUACGAAAAUGGAUGUGGAUUUUAUGAAGAUACAACAAGAAUUGCUGCUGCAAAUGGGAAUUUAGAAUGUUUAAAAUAUGCACAUGAAAAUGGAUGUCCAUGGGAUGACAAAACAACAAGAGCUGCUGCUAAUGGCGGACAUUUAGAAUGUUUAAUAUACGCACACGAAAAAGGAUGCGAAUGGGAUGAAUAUACACCAAGAUUAGCUACUAAUAACAAUUCUUUAGAAUGUUUAAAAUAUGCCCACGAAAAUGGAUGUCCGUGGGAUGAAAAUACAACACGAGUUGCUGCUGCAAAUGGGUAUUUAGGAUGUUUAAAAUAUGCACAUGAAAAUGGUUGUCCAUGGGAUGAAACUACAACUAUAGCAGCUGUAUUUUUCGAUAAUAUGGAAUGCUUAAUGUAUGCUACUGUAAAUGGAUGUAAAUGGGAUAAGCAAUCAAUAAAAGAUGCAGUUGAAAAUGGCCAUUUGGUAUAUUUAAAAUAUGCACACGAGAAUGGAUGUGAGUGGCAUGAAGAUACAACCAGAAUUGCUGCUGCGAAUGGGCAUUUAGAAUGUUUAAAAUAUGCACAUGAAAAUGGUUGUCCAUGGGCUGAUAAUACAACAAAAGUUGCUGCUGAGAAUGAUCAUUUAGAAUGUUUAAAAUAUGCUCAUGAAAAUGGCUGCAAAUGGGAUGAUGUUACUAUAGUUUCAGCUGCUAUGUUUGGCAAUUCAGACUGUUUAAAAUAUGCUCAUGAGCAUGGUUGUAGUUGGGUUGAAGGUACGACGAGAGUGGCUGCUGCAAAUCAACAUUCAGACUGCCUAAAAUAUGCUUGUGAAAAUGGUUGUGAAUGGGACGAAGGCACAACAAGGGAAGCUGCUGCAAGUGGUUGUAUUAACUGUUUGAUAUUUGCAAAUGAAAAUGGUUAUAAAUGGGAUGAAGGGACAAAGAGUGGAGCUGCUGCAAAUGGUCAUUUCGACUGCUUAAAAUAUGCUCAUGAAAAUGGAUGUGAGUGGGACGAAAGCACAACUAGGCUUUGUGCUACAAAUGGUCAAUUUAUUUGCUUAAAAUAUGCUCAUGAAAAUAAUUGUCCAUGGAGUAGAAAUACUAUGGAAGAAGCCAUUCGAAAUGAUUAUUCUUAUAUAUUGAACUAUGCUAUAGAAAAUGGCUGUCAAAUUUAG